CAAAAACAAAACUCAUUUCUCAUCUAGAAGACGAAAACCCUAUCUGAUCACUCCAAAAUGAGGACGCGCCGGCAAACAUAUCCGCCGAUCGCUGAAUCCCUCACGGCGAGGUCCAUUGUUCAGGCGCUUCCGGCGUCAGCCACAAUAUCAGGAAAUGGUGGACCAAAGAAGAAGAAGAACUGUGUUAAUAGAGGAUUGUGGGAUAAACAGAUUCCGACGGAUCUGCUGCAAGAGAUACUGUCUCGCCUCGGAUUAAAAGCCAACAUACAUGCUUCUCUCGUCUGCAAGACAUGGCUUAAAGAAGCUGUUUCUGUCAGGAAGUUUCAGAGUCGUCCUUGGCUUUUUUAUCCACAGAGUCAGAGAGGAGGACCAAAAGAAGGAGACUACGUUCUCUUUAACCCAUCACGGUCUCAAACACAUCACCUCAAGUUUCCAGAGUUAACGGGCUACAGAAAUAAAUUAGCUUGUGCUAAGGAUGGUUGGUUGCUUGUGGUAAAAGAUAACCCCGAUGUGGUCUUCUUUCUUAACCCGUUUACCGGGGAACGCAUCUGCUUACCCCAGGUGCCACAAAAUUCCACACGCGAUUGCUUAACUUUCUCAGCCGCUCCCACAUCAACUAGUUGUUGCGUCAUAUCCUUCACCCCUCAAAGUUUUCUUUACGCAGUUGUUAAAGUUGAUACUUGGCGCCCUGGUGAAUCCGUAUGGACCACUCAUCACUUUGAUCAAAAGCGUUACGGUGAGGUAAUCAAUAGAUGUAUCUUCUCCAAUGGUAUGUUCUAUUGUCUCAGUACCAGUGGCCGCCUCUCGGUUUUCGACCCGUCUAGAGAAACCUGGAAUGUUCUUCCAGUGAAACCAUGUCGGGCCUUUCGUCGUAAAAUUAUGCUUGUGAGGCAAGUAUUCAUGACAGAGCAUGAAGGAGACAUCUUUGUUGUGACUACACGCCGCGUAAACAACAGAAAACUGUUGGCCUUUAAACUAAACCUUCAAGGCAAUGUGUGGGAAGAGAUGAAAGUACCUAAUGGCUUGACAGUAUUUUCAAGUGACGCUACCUCUUUAACAAGAGCUGGUCUUCCAGAGGAGGAGAGGAACAUUCUAUAUUCAUCGGAUAUCGAUGAUUUUGUGAAAAGCUCUCAUCCAACUUUCUAUUAUUAUGACUGCAGCGCUUGGCUCCAGCCACCUCAUGACAAUUUUAAUUUUUGACUAUCAUCCUUAAGUGUUUUUGUUUUUGAAAAAACAUGUUUUAAUACCUUUUAAAGCUUUUGAUUC